CUGCCGACGAUCCCUGCAUACGUGUAUACCCCUUUCUACGUCCAAUCUAUACGACCAAGUAAUCUCUCAAGACGACUUAUAUUGACCCACGAUGCCGCUAAACUACUCCAAAUGGGAUAACCUCGAGCUUUCAGACGACUCUGAUAUCGAGGGGCACCCGAACAUAGACAAGAAAUCACUCAUCCGAUGGAAGCAACGGGACAUCCACGAGAAGCGCGAGAUGCGCAGGAUGCAUAUCGCGCAGCUCGAAGCCGACAUCGCCUGCAAUGAGGUCCUCGAGCCACGCUUGCAUCAAAUCACGGCCGACGUCGAGGCCAAGGGCCCUGCCGAGUUUUCCUCGCUCGUCGAGCGGUUCAAGACGAACCCCUCGCCGGAGAAGCCACCGACGAAUGCGCCGCAACAGAAGACGUACGACGAGAUGCUGCUCGCGUUGAUGCUGAAGGUGUGGGAGGAGGCGAAGAAGGAAGGCGUGGAGAAGGACGAUCCAAAACUUAGUGAGGCAUUGGCGAAGGGUCUCAAGAAACACAUCGAGGAGCUCGGGAAGCAUCAAGAGAAGCUGAAGCAAGAGCUUGCGCAGGAAGAGGUUGAGCAGAAGAAGAAGAUUACUAGCGAUGACAUUCAUGAGGCUUGGGAAUCGCAUUACGUGUCUCCCAAGCCCGCCCCUCCACCAGUGAAGAACGCCAUCGCGAGCGGCUCCGGCUCGACAAACAAGGUUGCAACCACCGAGUUUGAAGUUCUAAACCCCAAGGGUGUCACCACUGGGCAGGAGACCUUCGCUGGGUCGUCGUCAAAAGCCGACCCCUUAGAUGAGAGCGCAGAGCUCCCCGAGCUCACACUUUCGCUGGAGGCAUUCUCGCGACUUCCUCUCGGCGGCUACGAACAGUCCUGGGAGUUCAUCAAGCAGCACCGGGACGUCAUUGUGCCAGGUGCAUCUGAUGCGCUCCUUGUGGCGGCCUUCACGGCGCAGAGCGAGGGCAAGGCCAAGUACGCGAAACAGUGUGUACACCAGAGCUUGCUCCUCCAGUACUGCGACAAGCUCGGAAAGGACGGUGUCUCCAUCUUCUUCAGACGAAUGAUGAGCGGCGACCCGCGGGCAUCGGCCGUCUUCGAGAAAGAUAUCGAGGACACGUACGCCCACCUCUGCGAGCGUGUGCGCAUCUCCAAGGCCGAGACCGAGGCUGCGGCGGAGCAGGAGCAGAUCCAGCUCGUGCCCGAGAACCCGGGGCAGAGCAUCAGCUUCAACGUGCCCGACGGGCCGCCGCCGGAGCGCAUACAGCUCGAGGGUGAGGGUCUUGAGGGCGUCAACCCCGAGGACGUGCGUCGCGCGCUGCAGAUGCGCUGGGAUGUCUUCCAGGGCUUCGCACCCGCGUUCCAGGACGCGCUCCGCAGCCAGAGCCUCGACCAGGUGAACAAGGUCCUCGGGAACAUGAAGGUAGAAGACGCGGAGCAGGUCGUGAACAUGCUUGAUGUAGCGGGCAUCCUCAACUUUUCUGAGCACGGCGUCCGCGACGAUACUGGCAAAGCGAACGAUGAUGGCGAUGGUGAUGAGGACGGGGAGGGGGAGGAGGAAGAAGAGGAAGAGGAGCAGGGCGAUGAACAAGACGUUGACUGAGGACCAGCUUGCAGCAAAAACAAAAGCCCAGGUUGAGUAAUUCUUUGAGUCAAAUCAACGUCGCUUUCUCAGUCGCACGAACGCUGUCGUCUAUUUGUCAUUUGUAGUCGCUAACUAGCAGGGAACAUAUGGUAGUCAAUUGUGUACAAUGCUGCAUGUUAAGUAGUUGUUGAAUGAUAUUCCAAGCCUCAAGGCUUCAAGUCCAUCGCCGUCGUAAAGGGUCACAGGUCUUCAGGACCCCGCUCUCGCUCUUCCUCUUUCUGCAGACCGUACACCAACCCGAGGGCGACCCUCGCAGCCGCCUUCCUGCGGUCGCUUUCAUCUGUCAUACCCGCAAUCUCCUCCUUCAUGCCGUGCAGCGCACCCAGCACCCGCGACAAGUCGAACGCGCCAAGCUCAAACUCGUCGUCAGUGUCGUCAAAGGACGAGAACGAAUCGUCGUCUGGUGGAGGGAACGUGCUCUGUGAGGAAGAUGCUGUGGCCUGCGGUAGGGACGCCGGCUUCGCGCGGGGCGAGCGCCGCGCGCGGGACAUCGAGGGCACGUCGAGCGACGCAGCGCCGAAUAUCCGCUUCGAUGUCUCCUCAAUCUCGGCGCGCGACGGCAGGUCCGGGUCGUCUUCCGGAUUGAGCGCGUCCUCCGCGGAGAGGUCCGAGCGCGACGCGAGCGAGCGGUACGACGCUCCCGUGUGCAUCGGCUCCUGGCGCAGCGCCUCGUACGGGUAAGUCACGUCCACCGGCGCGCCGAUGAACUCGGCGAAGUCGUCCUCGAACCCGAACGUGUCCUCGCCCGUGGUGCUCACGCCGCCGGGCGUGCAGAUCGUCGGCGUCGGGACGUCGUCGCCCCAACCCGCGCUGGCGUCUUCCCCGUCGGUGGCGUCGCGCGCGGUCCAUGCCUGCGCGUCGUCCAUCG